AUGUACACGGUGCCUUUGAAAGAGAUCUUGCAGAUGACGGUGAUGGAGCCGCAUGAAUCACUCAAGGAGCGAGGCGAGCUGGUCUCCUUCGAGAAGGGCAUGGGCAGCGCAGCGUUUGUCUCCCAUCAGUGGGUGGGAGAGAACAGCCCCGACCCAGACUUCAGACAGAUGUCAGUCCUGCAGGACGCUAUCAGGUGCCUCCUGUCCAGGCAGAAGCGCAUCUACCACGACAUUCACGCCGAGAUGUUCCUGAACGCUUCCGGGAGGUGCACCUCUGCGCUCAACUCGAAGCCGCUGUUCUUCUGGUAUGAUUACUUCUCCUGCCCACAGCUGGAGAAGAAUUGUGAUUUUCACAAGGCCGUGGACUCUAUCCCCGGGUACAUUGGCAGGUGUGAGUUCUUCUUCGUCCUUGUCCCCGUGAUUGACAACCCCAGCCUUUGCAAAGUCUUCACACCAUCGUCCUGGUCCGAACGGGGAUGGUGCCUCGUGGAGAAGCUCUUUAGGCAGCUCUCGCACGACAGCUCAUGGAUCGUGAUCAAAAGCGCAACUCAAUUCGAGCUGGUCUCCCACAUGGGCUUCUCCGGGGGUUCUCCAGGCGAGGGGACCUUUUCUGAAGCUGGAGACAAAGCGAGGAUUGCUCCGAUCAUGCAGAAAUCACUGCAGAUGAAGCUGAGAUUGCUGCUUGAGGACCAGGACCUGGUCGGAUAUCGUGUGCUGUUGAAUCUUCAGCCGGUGUUGCUGCGCGGGAUGAGGGUGCAGCCACUAUACAAAAUCCUGCCUGCCGACCAAUCUGACUUAUCUUUAAUCCCGGAUCCUGCAUCUCAUGAGGUUGCCGAAUUCUUGUUGCAGAAUGGCUUUCAGACGAUUUUCGACGUGGACGCAGCUGGAUGGUCGCCGGUACACUAUGCCGCUCUCCGUGGCGAGCCCCUGUUGAUGCAGGGCCUCCUGGAGCUGCAUGCCGAUCCUUGCCGUUUAACCAAAAAGGGUAACCCCAGCCACGGAGGGAUGGCGGGCAUUGGGGCUCUGGAUCUGUGCCUUCGCCACAGGAACAACGAGGCAGCCCGGCUUCUGCUUGCAGCCAAAGCUGCGGCAGACGGCCGAUGGGAGCUCGUCUCGGCAUCUUUGGGAGACAACGCCGAAGGCAUUCGGUUGCUAUGCCAGAAUCGCUGCGACCCACUUGGCAAGGAUCCCCUGGGCACUUCCGCCAUCAGCAUUGCCUGCAUGUUUGACUCGGCACGGGCUUUCGAAGAGAUCCUCGCGGAAGCAAGCGGUCAGGCGCUAGCAGCCUCUACCCUUGCAGAGUCCAUCCAUGCCGCAUCUGUUUUCCAAGGCAGUGCGCAUAUUAUCCAGGGUCUGAUUGACCUCAGGGCAGACGUCAAUGAUCAAAAAGAAGUCAAGACGAUGAGUCCCUUUGGCUUGAUUGUGAGCUGGCACGGGCUUUUGCACAGGUUGGGCCGGGUCACGCCGCUUACAACUUUGUGCUACCACAUGCAGGGCUCGACUCCGCUCAUGGCAGCUGUCCUGUCUGGCCAUUAUGAGUGUGCUGCGAUCCUCGUUGCAGCCGGGGCACGGUCGGACCUCCGCAACAGGCAGGGGUGGUCCGCAUCAGACUUCGCACGCAACCAAGCGAUCCCAGAUUUCUUAGUCCAGGCCCUUCGUGGUCAGCCAAGGGACUGCGAGGUGGUGGCGUCGUUUGCUCUUCGUGGCGGAUACGUGGAAGAGCAUUUUUAA